AUGACGAACGCGUACUUCACGGGGGGAGGCGAGGGGCGACGACGGCGGAGCGCGGAAGAGGCCGACGCUAACAGAGGAGAAACAGGAAAGGGAGAAUGCUACCUCGACAGUUUCUCUCUCCAAGGCGCCUUCCGAGACUUCCAGAGCCGUGUUCCUCUCAAGAAACUUGUCAGCACGCAACGUGCGCAUCACAUCUGGCAAUGGUACGAGCUCUGUGGGACGGAGACAGAUUUCGAGGGCUCCUCUUUGAUUUAUUCGUCCCCGGUCGUUUUUCUCCAUGGCGUUAAUGGGACUGCGGCCAUCUACUUUCAGCAGCUGGAGGGGCUGGCGGAGAAGGGCUAUCGGGUCCUCUCGGUUCAGUGGCCCGCGCUGUCGUCUCUCGCGUCCUUCCUGUCUUCCUUUGACGAGUUCCUGACGCAUGUGCUUUCGUCGGCCCCCGCGAGGGCUGCGCGCCCUGCGCGCCCAGCGCACCGGUCUGCCUCCUCGCCGGUCGCCAGCGCCGCGGCGCUCGCUCGAGGAGACAGCGAGGACCGCGGAGAGACGCGCACGCAGCGGCGCGGCGUGCACUUGUUUGGCGCUGGCCUCGGCGGCGUCCUGUGUCUCUACUUUGCGCAACGAAGGCCGGAGAUGGUCGCCAGCGUGGCUCUUUGCAACGCGUUCUUGAACUCGGCCUUUCUCCUCGGAGCUCUCGCGCCGCUCCAAGGCGUGCUGGCGCCCAUGUACCAUCUUCUCCCGCAUGCAGCGCUGAGGAAAAUCAUCGUCGACACUUACUUGACUCCAAAGGCGACACCCGAGGCCGUCUUCGUGCCGCCGCAAGAUGAGUGCACACCUGGGAGUCGCCGAACCAGAGAGCGAGAAGACUCCCCAGAGAGCGUCUGGGCGACCGCGUCCGACGGCGAUGGCAAGUCAGCUGGCGUCUGGGUCGUUCCGCAAGAAGAUUUGCAGAUUCGUAACAGCAAAGAAUUCCUCGUUUCCCACAUCGACGCACUCAGCGCCAAAGAUCUCGCUGCGAGGCUCGCCUUGCAGAUGGCGAUCGGCGCCGCGCCGCCCUUACAGAAGGCGCCGGAGAAAAUGCUCAUUCUGCAGUCCCUGGACGCCGACGUGCCGCCCGAUGUCGCAGACGACCUUCGGAACUUUUUCCCCCACGCGAAAGUGGCGGAGCUGCGAGACGGCGGCCAGUUUCCCUUCCUCUCGCGCCCCGAGGAGGUGACGCUGUACAUGCAAGUGCAUCUGCGAAGUUGCGGCCUCUUCCCAGAUCUUCACUUGAUAAAGCGACAAGUCUCUGACGAAGAAACAACCUGUUCUCUGCAGAAUGCCUUCUCUGCGUCUCGCCUCAGUAACGUGUCUUCUCUCUCAGAACAGCCACACAUCUACCAUCCGUCUUCUCCGUCAACAUGCCUCGACACUGUCUCCCGCUCCGCUUACCCCCAAUCCUCGCUCUACACUUCUUACAACAGAUCCUCGUCGUCUUCGUAUAACACAUCUUCUUCGUGUGACCGGUCUUCUUCAUACAAUUCCUCUUUUGACCCUUCGUCGUCAGCGGCUCUUGCUGGCGGUCGGCGAGUCUCUGGGGGGUUUGAGGCGAGAGGAACUUCUGCACAGAGCCAGCGGACUCAGGGGAACUCGAGCGACGGGACUGCAUGCGGACGGGGAAGCUCGGAUAUCGGCAGCCGAGACGUCUCUCAUGCCAGCAGCUGCGGAAAAGGACGCGCUGACGCGAGCAAAGUCGAGGGAAGAUUCGCCGACGAAGAUCUCAUUGCUCAGGAAAGGUGGAACCGAAAAAACUGGAAAAACCCCUUCAAAGAAUUUCAGUAG